GAUUGGUCGAUUUCCGCUUUUGACCGAACCCAAACAAACCCCGUUGCUUGUACGGUAUUCUCUUCCCCUCUCGUUCUCGGAUUCGUGCUCUCUUACCACAGAGCCUGAGCCGCCAUUGACGAUCUUUUGUUCCAUAGUUCCCAAUUUCAUCUUCAUCGCGAAUCGCUAACUUCCGAUCCCCGGAAAAUGCUGUGUCCCUAGAAAGAAACAGAAAGAAAACGAAAGAAAAGUCGCUCAUAUAUCAAGAUGAGGUCUUCUUCGGAUGUAAUCAACAUCGCUGCCAGUGCUCAGAAAAUCGAUGUAGACAACAGGAUUUCUCUCCGUUACUACAAUCGGAUUGCUGAUAACAUUCUCCGACAGGCCAACAUCUUUCGACAAGAAAAGAAUAUCAUUGAUCUGUACGUUAUGCUUCUAAGGUUCUCAAGCUUGGUCUCUGAAACAAUACCAUGCCAUCGAGAUUAUAAUGCAUCUGGUAAAAGCAAAAGAGAUUACUUGAGAAAGAAUUUAUUGAAUGCUUUGAGUGAGCUGGAGGAUUUAAAGCCAGCAGUGCAAGAGAAGAUCAAUGAACUGAACAGAAAGUAUGCAUAUCAAACCAAUGGGUGGACCCAUCGUAAUCAAAAGGGUUCAGUAGAGUGGCCUUCUGUCAAAAAGCAAACUUUGACAGCAGAUGAUGUAACUAAGUUAGCAAGAACAACUGUCCAAGACCCCGUACAUCGUAAUUCAAGACCUCUGCAGUUUUCUCAUCCUAAUUCUGUUGAAGAACGGUUUCGGAAAUUAUCUCUUAGACCACGUCCAACAGAUGAAACACUCUCGAGACAUUCUAUUUUGGGACCGAAUGGGCUUAAUGGGCAGUGGCAACCUCCUAUAACUGACAAAGGGAUCCGGUAUCCAAGCAUUAUAGGCCUGAGUCCUGUUGAAAUCCCAAGCCAACAACCUGUAGAACAGGAACCCACAGUUAACAAAAGCAAUAACCAAUCAGAACAUGAAAAACUACUUGUGGGGUUAUUUCAAACACAGAGUAGUGAUGUUAAUCAGACGAGUCAAGAUGAGGAUUCCCUAAUUUCAUUUGAAACACCAGAAGCUCCUGCUCAUGUAGAAAUUAUCAGGCAGCCUUCUCCACCACCUGUACUUGCUGAAGUACAAGAUUUGAUUCCUGCUGUCUCACCUCAAGUUUCUGAAGUAGACUGUGGAGUAGAUUCACUUAUGGCAGAUGAAUUAGUUCGGGCUGAAACACCCCUACAAUUACACAUUUCGACAACGAUGAUGGAGAACUUUAUGAAGCUUGCUAGGUCAAAUACUGAUAGAAACUUGGAAACUUGUGGUGUCCUAGCUGGUUCACUUAAAAACAGAAAAUUUUAUGUUACAGCUCUCAUCAUUCCGAAACAGGAAUCAACAUCAGAUUCUUGUCAGACGACAAAUGAGGAGGAAAUAUUUGAGGUUCAGGAUAAGCGAUCACUUUUCCCCCUUGGGUGGAUUCAUACUCAUCCUACACAGUCUUGUUUCAUGUCAUCGAUUGAUCUUCAUACCCACUACUCAUAUCAGAUAAUGUUGCCAGAAUCAGUUGCAAUUGUCAUGGCACCCAGAGAUUCUACGAGAAAUCAUGGUAUCUUCCGGUUGACAACUCCUGGUGGCAUGUCUGUCAUAAGACACUGCCAGCAACGUGGUUUUCAUCCGCAUAACCUGCCUGCAGAUGGUGGGCCUCUUUACAAGACCUGUACAGAUAUUUACAUGAACCCCAAUCUAAAUUUUGAUGUCAUUGAUCUUCGUUGAUAACAUUUGUUAGAAAUUUCGAAUGCUUGAUAUGCUUAUUACCCUGAUGCAAUUGUUCAUAUAACAUACGUGUGCAAUUAUUGGAUGUGUUGUUAGGAUCGGCCCUAACAAUGUUGGAGUACUUGUGUUGUCUGUCUGUAUAGAGAAAAAGGCAUAUACUGCCCGCUGGCUGAAUAUCUAUUCCAUUUGUGGUUAUUAGUUGGCCAUAUUUUGAACUCAAAUGGCUUGCGUUCAGAAGAAAAGAAAUUGGAUCUCAUUGUUUUUUAAUCGGUUACAGAACCAUUAUAUUUGGUGAAGGCAUAUUCACUUUUCAAUUCAAACUCA